AUGGAAGCUCAGAUAAAAAAUCCAAUCUUGCUCAUCAUUGGAAUGAAGAUUGUCAUGUCGUACACUUCUAAGACAUCAAGCUUAAGGUAUGCCAUUUGCAAAUUUAGUGUAUCUCUAAGGUUCUUUUCUUAUUCCCAAAACCAAAGCGCCAAAAAAAAUUCUCGGUUUGAGGCCAUUGGUGAUGCUGUGGCCUUAUUCAGUCGCUUAAUCACUAUUCACCCUCUUCCAUCCGUUGUAGAAUUUAACAUGAUUUUAGGGUCAAUAGUGAAGAUGAAGCAUUACCCGACUGCUAUAUCACUGUAUAAACAGAUGGGGUUGAGAGGAAUCACCCCUUCUAUAGUGUCUUUGAGUAUCUUGAUCAAUUGUUACUGUCACCUGGGUCACAUGGGUUUUGCUUUUUCAGUGUUGGGCAUGGUUCUCAAGGGGGGUUAUCAGCCCAAUGCCGUAACCUUGACCACACUCAUGAGAGGGCUUUGUGUAAAUGGUGAGGUUAGGAAAGCUGUGGACUUCCAUGAAAGUGUAGUGGCUCAGGGGUUUGUGUUGGAUGAAGUUAGUUAUGGGACCUUGAUCAAUGGGCUGUGUAAGAUAGGACAGGUAAGAGACGCCUAUGAGUUGAUGCAUAAAAUGGAAGGGCAAAUGGUUAGGCCUAAUGUAGUGAUCUACAACAUGAUGAUUGAUGGUUUGUGCAAAGAUGGAUUUGUAACUGAGGCAUGUGGUUUAUAUUCUGAGAUUGUUGGCCAGGGAAUGAGUCCAGAUAUUUUUACGUACACUUGUCUAAUUCAUGGUUUUUGUAGUUUGGGUCAGUGGCAAGAAGUUACCCGGUUGUUGAGUGAUAUGGUUGAUAAAAAUGUCAAGCCAAAUGUUUAUACCUAUAAUAUAUUAAUUGAUGCAUUAUGUAGAAAGAGAAUGUUCAGAAAAGCUCAUGAUAUGUGUAAUUUGAUGAUUAAAAGGGGUCAGCGACCAGAUGUAGUUACUUUCAACACUUUGAUGAGUGGAUAUUGCUUAUAUAAUGAUGUGGAUGAGGCAAGAAAAUUAUUUGAUACAUUUGUUGAAUGGGACAUUAUGCCUGAUGUUUGGAGUUAUAACAUCUUGAUUAUUGGGUAUUGCAAAAGUAAAAGGAUUGUUGAAGCUAUGAACCUCUUCAAUAAAAUGCAUUGCACCAAUUUGGUUCCUAACAUUGUAACUUACAGUUCUGUUAUUGAUGGUUUGUGCAAAUGUGGGAGAAUUUCUUAUGCUUGGGAACUUUUUAAUGCAAUUCAAGCUGAUGGUCCGUCCCCUAAUGUUAUCACUUAUAAUAUCAUGUUAGAUGCCCUUUGCAAAAUCCAACUUAUUGACGAUGCAAGUGAAUUAUUUAACCUACUGUUUGAAAGGGGAUUGACUCCAAAUGUUUCGACUUAUAACAUAUUGAUUAAUGGGUAUUGCAAGAGUAAGAGGAUUGGUGAAGCCAUGAACCUUUUUAAAGAAAUGCACCACCGAAAUUUGGUUCCUGAUUUAGUAACUUAUAAUUCUCUCAUUGAUGGCCUGUGUAAAUCUGGGAGAAUCUCUCAUGCAUGGGAGCUUUUCUAUGUGAUGCAUGAUAGUGGUAUGCCGGUUAACUUAAUCAGUUAUAAUAUAUUGUUAGAUGCCUUUUCCUAG